AUGCAGGAACCAUACCCCGUGAAGCUGUGGUGGAAAUGCGGUGGGGUACCGAAUCUGCAAAACCAACGUGUCGCAUACCUGGAAGAGGCCGCAAAGCAAUACUACAUGGCACGGACUGCGGGCAGAGACUUUCAGGAUCGGAUGCUGGAGCAACACGUUCCGCCGAGUUCUAUUCUCACGCAUGAUAAGUACAAGAACCUGCUCCGCAUGGUCCUCGAGGAACCAGAUGAAGGCCUAGGAAGUCAGAUUAUGAUGCGUAUGAACUGUGAACUUUUUAACGAUCUGGAAUGGGCACAAGAAGAGUUUGAAAACACUCUGUCUCGGAGCACUGCCGGUGUUCGAGGAAUUCUGGAUACCAUCUAUCGGUGAGUUGGACGAGUUGGCUGCCGGCAGGCUGAAGGUUUAGUUUUGCACGCCGGGAUCGGCAACACUGAGAAAUCCAUGACAGAGACGCUAAGUGUGAAGGCGAGAUACGCAUUUCACGCUAGGCAAACCCCAUUUUGUAAGGGGUUUAACAGCAGCGUUCAAUAAGCCAGUACGGGUCUACCUGCACACAGAGACAGAUUAAAUAGUCAUCCUUCAUCGUCCCCUCCGUUGUUAAAUCACCAAAAGGGGACAGUUUGGGUGUCUUCUCUGGUGCUACAAGAUCGGACAGCAUGUUAAGCCAUCGAUAUUUUGGUUAAAUGAAUGUCCCUCCGAGAACCUGUCGGAACCAUCAUCAUUCAUGUUGGCACGAUAAUUACUCGGCAGUUUGGCACUGACACUGGUGCGGGUGGACGCUGUUUCUAGUGCUUUAUAUCAAGGCCACAUUCCGAGGUGACCUAAUCGCAAUUAGGGAUCCCUCACUUUGGCAGUUCGACCGAUGUUGCCGACGAUGUCAACGGCGUGCUCCAAAUCAAUGUGGAAACAGACACGUUGACUUGCACGCGAAUUAGUUUCUGGUGAGGUUGGACUUGCGCAGCGUCUUCCGCACCUGAGCCCGGUGUCAAGGCAAUUGAAAAAGAGGUGACUGACGCGGUCGGGGCCGCCCCUUGAGGUGCCGCCACACUCGGAUCGGGUCCAACUAGGCGGGAGUGUCAGAAAGACACGUACAGUAGGUGGGCUAACUCAUGAAAUCUCAACAGAAAUUUCGAAAUGCGCUUUCGUUUCGGAAAGAUUAAUUAACUAGGGUUCUAAAAUCAAUCAUCGUGCAGCAUAAUUCUAUUAUAAUUCAGUUACUUCGAAAUUUCGGCUUUCGAACAAACUUCUUUCCGGCUGCAAGUAAAAACCAUACUCCGUAAAAAAUGACUACUUAGGUAGCAUGCAUUUUUUCAUUGAUUUUCGAUGCCCUUAAUGAUUCAAUUACAUUUCAUAGAAAACAUGCAUAAAAAUAUUCAUUCUUUUGCUCAUUCAGAAGAAAAUUACAUCUUCUUUUAAUUUUACACUCGAAGGAAGGGUAUAAUUCGGUUCUAAAAACUUUUCCAAUUCCCGAAAAAUUUUGAAUACGACCUGCCGUUACACUCGCAUUCAGGGUUUCCAAACUACAAGCCAUAUAUUUUCCGUGUACGCAAAGCCAUACAUUUAUCUACCGUAUUAAAAGUAGACCACAUGGUGUUCAUAAAAUGAAGCAGUGGAUUUGAGCCACAUUGUUAACUUUACAAGUCACAUUGGUAAAUGCAGAAACAUGACGUUUUAUGAAGGACCAUUUCACGGUAUUAAAGAAUCUCACAAUUAACAACUUUUUAAAAACCGAAUUAUAACCUUCGUUCGAGUCAAAAACUAAAAGAAAGUUAGUCCACCUACUGUAGGUGUAACGUACGUCCUAGAUGCCUGAACCGGAUAGCUCUAAGCACGAUAAAAAAAACUAGGCUUUGGACCAGUCACGAAAUGCAAAGGCAGUGGUUUUCAGUCCAGCACGCACGGCGCCACACGUGCAAGAAUCAGUACGAAGGAGGGAACCAAUCGCUGCAAGCACUGCUGUCGUAGCGGAUGCCGGAUAGGUGGGGCCUUGUCUUCUCCAACAAAGUGUCCAGGACCGAGUCUCGUCCGGUCAAUUUUUCCCUGAUGACGCCCACCAAUGGGAUAUCUCCUGAUGCCGAAUCAGUUCUGGCCGAAACCUCCGUUCAAGGCGACCGCAACAUCGCAGGAAGCUUACCUUGCUGUUCUAGGAGGUGUGGCGUUAAUGCAAGUUUUGUAAUUUUCUAGGUUGUUGAAAACGAAAAAGCAGUCGGAAAAACCGAGAUAGUUACUUCGGAACUUUUUCCCUUUGUAUUACCGGUAAGAUCUUUGGCCGAGUGUUAUUCGAUCACUCGAGCAUCUCAAGUAACUAAUUUCAUAAUCAACCCACGGACUGGUCACGGUCCUGGCCUACUUUUUAAUUUAAUUAUAAUGAGAAACGUCCAAUUCCCCCAUCAUUAGACUGACCUCUUGACUUUAUCUUGGCCCAGAUGGGUAGGAGGAGGGGGUGGGGUAGAUGCUGCGCAAGUCUACUACAAUUAGAUACUAAUUCGCCUACUACUACGCCUGCCACACACGACCUGGUAUCAUACUCCACACGUAUCAGAAUGCUUUCAGGGAACUGUCUCUGACCUCACACAAGUGAAACAGUGAUGGCCAGCGCAUUGACAGGGCGACAGCGCAGUCUGACUGUGGGCCCUUUCGUUUGUAAUCUUGCGCAUCACGACUGCUAGCGGGUCAUGACAGUUAAACAAAGCACAGCACGAAUAUCUCUGACUUUGUUUUUUUAGACUUCCGACCAACCAUUUUCAAGAUGAAGGUGCUGAUUAUGUAUCGACAGGUGCCAACUGAGGACUAAAACUGACUUCUAGUAAGGGUCAAUAGAACCCUACACAAAUUCGGGAGAAAUUUGCGUACCACUGGAAUACCAUCUCAUGGAACAUCAUGAUCGAAUAGUAAACUAAGAUUCGGGUCUCUAAAACCAGUCAGACCUUCGGAAGGCAUAAAUACUCAUUUUGGGAUAGCUGCGGCAUCCGACUAAAUGCGAAACCGAUGAUGUCCGAGGCCUUAGGGGCGGAGACGGAGACAGUGUGCGAAAGCCAGUCAAGGAAUCUAACCCGCUUUCAACUCAGUUUCCUUCGAAGUACACGGAAAGUAAAAUGCAGGAAGAGGAUCUGGAAAGAACGGGUGUCGAAGUAAGAUAAUGGACAACGAGGAGCUCUGUCACUGAAUCACGAGGCCGUUAGCUUGUCGCUUGCAAUCAGACAUAUAGAAUGGCAGUAGAGCGCUUAUGAAUCGCGUUACGGAAGUCGGCCAUCCCGUCGUGCCCCGCCAACAGCUGCGCAGCAGCGCGUAACAAAGGCAGGAUGGCAUCACCGACAAAGACGAGGGAGACCAGAAUAACUAUAUCUCGCAUAUUUGUCGUCGUCAGCCAGUCAUACACAACCCCGAGGCGUGGAGCACCUGGGGCUGAAUUCCGCGACCUGUUGAUCAGAAGUCCAUCGCCCCUAACCGCUGGGUAUGGCUGGCUGACGACGGCAAAUAAGUCAGAAACGGUCAUUCCAGCUCCCUGUCUUUGUCGAUAAUACUGUUCUGUCAGUAUUUGUUUCAGCAAGCUGAGCGCUAGUAUUCGUUUAUACUAGCCACAAUGCGAGAGGUGUGCAUGCGCCUCAGUCAUGUCCGCCUCCGGCCAGUCAUUGACGAACAAAAUAUCGAUCGGCGUCACGGUGUCGGCAAACCGAGAACUGGUCUCGACGCGACGCAAGUAACGAAUUAAAAAAGGAGGAGGGGCUCCAGUAGCUGUCGCCACGCCCAGUAGAAUGCCAUAUUGGCGUGCUCCGCAUCUACACUAUGCCGAGCCCGAACCAACCGCGACUGAAGGGCCUCGUCGCAACUAUCGACCGCCGAAGUGGACAAAGAUGCCUCCUAGACUCGCCCAGGUCGACGAACAGACCUGGCGAAGUUUAACACAGGACUGAUAGGCUCGCUGAACAGCCGCAAAACUGGGGUGGCAGUUUUAGAUGCCAGGUGAAUGCAGGAGGCCAAGGCGAUGUGGUGGGCGUGGAAGACUCGAAUGCAGCGGACCACUGUCGCCAACACCCAGCCUCUGCCAGCAUUUCCGCAUUGCCAACCAACAUUCAGAGCACGACUUGACCUUUUUGGACAUCUCCAGAUUCACUGCAAUCUCAACAUGUCAGUUUCACCUCCAGCCCACCUUCACCACUAAAGUCCUCACGGAGGACACUCCUUUGAUCCGUCCUCACAGUAAUGCCGUCUUUCGGUCCCGGUCUCUCUGUGGGGAGUGUUGCAUAGCGACCAGUAGUUAAUAAUACGCAAGUAUUACGGACGGAGACAAGGAAGGCUGUAGUAAGCCUUAUGGACUUGGUCUCUGUCGUCAUCUGGCCUGGGUAGAUCAGGGACGAGAAUCGGGAUCCAGUUGGCAUUUGAGCUAGGUACUCUACUAUCGGCUCUCUCAGGCAGGAUCUGACAACGAAUUCAAAGUUUAACUUAAAGCUCACUUAGGUUCCUUCUGAUUUGCAUAGUGCAAAUGAAACCUGUAGGUCACGGAAGUUUUUGAAAGAUCCUACAGCCCACUUCGUCGCCGCAUCUUCUAGAUGAUGUCUGUCAACGCUCCCCAUCAAGUGCUGAGCAAGGCGUUUGAUUGGUCAGAACAGUAAGUAGAGUCCCACACGAUAAUGCCCUAAAAAAAAGUUUCAACAUAAAACUGGAUCCUCCGAUGAGACCAUAUUUCAACUACUGUUGCGUAUCUCGACACUACCCAGUACCCCUAAGCAUACUGAACUAAUGGUAAAGGGGCGCUCACCGAUCGUGCUACGGAUAUCAUUCGUCCCGUUGUACCUUGGGGCUCCCUCUCGAGCUGGCGACGGCUAAUAAGCCAGAAGUGCCCAUUUCAGUCUUUCGUGUCUUUGUCGGCAAUGCUUGCUUGCCUAUAUUACGCGCCACUGUGUGGCUGCUGGUGGGGCUAGAGAGAGAGCGCCAGUGCGCAACGGGAGGAGUGAGUUUCAUAACGCGAUCCGUGAGCGCCCAUCUACCAUCGUGAAUAUACCCGAUCGCAACCGACAGGACAACAAGCCCGUGGCUCAGUGGUUAGAGGCGUUGGACUUGUAACCAACAGAUCGCAGGAUCGAGCCCCAGGUGCUCCACACUUCAAAUUGGGUGUGACUGGCUGACGACGGCUAAUAAGCCAGAAAUGGCCAUUUCAGUCUCCCUUGUUUUUGUCAGCAAUAUUAGUCUGCGUACUGAAUUAAUUUGAGAAGGACUGUUGGUUGCAAGCUGUCGCACAUUAUGAACAGUCGAAAAUUGAAAUUUAUAUUCCGCUUUCCCGUGUACACCUUCACCAUAUGAUCAAUAAUUCAACCUUCUCUCGACCGUAAAACCUUUUGGUUGUCUUUACAUGCCCAAUCGCAACGUGUUGCCCCCCCUCUCCCCCCCAUAGGAUGGGUUUGUGCAUCCGAGGAAUUGACAAGCACCUCAUCUGUCUGUCGGUUGCAAGCUGUCGCACAUUACUGACAGUCGAAAAUUGAAAUUUAUGCAGAAUGACAUUACCGAUAAAGACAAGGGAGACUGGAAUGGCCAUUUCUGGCUUAUUGGCUGUCGUCAGCCAUGCAUACCCAACCCCGAAGUGUGGAACACCCGAGGCUCGAACUCGCGACCUGUUAGUUAGAAGCCCACGCCUCUAACACACUUCGGGGUUGGGUAUGACUGGCUGACGACGGCUAAUAAGCCAGAAAUGGCCGUUCCAGUCUCCCUUGUCUUUGUCGGUAAGGCCAUUCUGCCUAUAUCAUGCGCCGCUGUGCGGCUGCUGGUUGGGUUCGAGAGAGAGUCCAUAAGGCACAACGGAACGAGUGAGUUCCGUAAUAACGAUCGGUGAGCGCCCCCUACCAUUAUUGAAAUUUAUAUUCCGCUUUCCCGUGUACACCUUCACUAUAUGAUCAAUAAUUCAACCUUCUCUCGACCGUAAAACCUUUUUGCUGUCUUUACAUGCCCAACCGCAACGUGUUGCACCCCUCUCCCCCUAUAGGAUGGGUUUGUGCAUCCGAGGAAUUGACAAGCACCUCAACUGUCCGGAUGUCUGCCGUGCUCGUGGGCCGAAGUUUUGUGCUAAUGCAACCCACUCCCUUAAAAUCUGCGGAACAAUUACUCCUGAUGAGCUGUCCCGAUAUUCAUCAGAAAAGGAGCCAGACGAUGCGACGAAGUUGUCGGAUGAAUUCAAGAAGUGGCAUGCAGCAAUUCCGAUGUCCAAACGCUUCCCCCUGGAAUUUUUUGAACGAUUUGUUGAAAAUAAAGUCUUUUUUAAGAAUGUCUUUGAAGCCCAACUGCAGGCCGCCCAAAUACCCUUCUGUAUCUGCGAGAACUUCUUUAAGGUAAGCAGCCCUCUUCUGAGAUCGCUUAUUUGAAAAACAAAUUGUGGUUUUUUGUGUUUGCGGGUGAACCUCUCGCAGCAGUUGUAGUAAUAGCCAGACACUAUCCACUACGACACUUAGGCCUGGUCCCGGAAAAGGGGGUGAGAUAGACACUAAUGGAGAGGGAGGAGGGAGUUCUGUCCGCAGUACAGAACGGAUGACAUAUAAGCUGCAGAAGCAAGUUGACACUCUUACGUCCAAUGAGUGUCGGGCGCUAGCUGUGGCGGGUGCCCGAGUGUCUCAAAACUGGUUUGCCGGAUUCAGUGUCUACAAUUAGCCGAAUUCACACGCAGCUCCCCAGAUUCAGGUAUUGGUCAGACGCGAUGUGAACACCAAACUGAGCCUUACUGGAUCGGAUAAAUGACUACUGCAGGUGUACACGUGUAGGUAUAUGCCAGACCGGUCGCUAAAACGGGCCACGCGGUAAAUGCGCUGGACCAACAUGGGAGAUGAAUCGGACACUGCCAGCCGUUAUCGGGAGUGCGCACCCAUCACAAAUGCCAAAAUUCGGAGUGCGGUGGUAGGCCUAGUUGCAUGCUCAAACUGCGUCAGUUCGGAUCCCCGCCGUCCCCCAUUGCUGUUGUCGUUGUUGUUGAAAAUCCUGGUCGAGUGUUUGUCGUGGACCAGGGGGUGUGGUGGCACGCCUAAGUGCAGGUUUGGUCAUACUUGCCACCCGCGCCCUACCCCACCUCCAGUGUUCUUGUCACCGGGCCGAGGUGUGGGGAGGAGAAUGUGCAAUAGAUGCUGCGAAAGUCAGCUAUCACUAUAAAAUAAUUCACGCCCAAACCACCGUGCCUGCCCCACCUUGCUGUGUAACACACGGUGGACAUCGUGGAUGACGACGGUCGAACUGUCAUAAGGCACAGCACACAAAUGUACAGCUUUGAUGGAACCAGUGAUGGAGAUCGCAGUUGCAGGCAUAGGCCGCGCCGAUCAAGAUCCCUGUCGCCCCCACCUGCUGUUGUUGGUCAAAAUGCUGGUCAGGUAUUUGUCGUGAACCAGGAGGUGGGGUGGUACGCCCAGGUGUGGGUCUCGCCGUGCCAACCACCUGCGCCCUCUCCCGCUCCCCGUCUUUUUGACACCGGAUCCAGGGGGGAGAGAAGACGAAACUGCAGUAGACGCUGUGCAAGCUAUAAAAGGAAUCAUGCAGAAGUCACAGCGUCCGCUCUCACCCUGCUGUUGAGCACACGGUAGACAUUGUCGGUCACGACGGCCCAAUACGUCAGACAGGAACAGAGUGUUGCAACAAACGUCGGGAGUCAGGUCACUACAAACCUCUGUAAAAUCUUAUUGCCUUAUGGAGCUCUUCCGAACCCUUUACAACAAGCAUUACGUCCACUGUUGUCAGGGAGACGUACCCAUAUCCCCGAAGAGAGUGGUGUCGACCCAUGCAUGAAAUGGCCAACCCUACUUUGCAAAACUGACCACUUAAACGAUAUGAAUUUUCCUAGUUGAUCUUCGAUGCCCUUAUAAAUUCAGAUAUAUUUUACAGAAAACAUGUCCAGAAACAUUCUUUCUUGUACUGCAAAUUAAGUCCUCCUCAAAUUUUAUUUCUGACGAGGGAGUAUCAUCCGGUCAAAAAAAUUGCAGAUUACGGACAAUUUUGAAACCAACCUGCCGCUCACUUGCAUAUAAGGUUCUUAAACUACAGGUUGUAUACUUUGCGUGUAAGGAAAAUCGCGCAUUUCUAUGCGCUAUUGAUAAGAUGUCGUAUAGGAUUCUUAAUGUUUUGCAAUAGAUAUGGACUAUUUUGUCCACUUUAUAAGCAGCAUCAACAAAAGUGCUGGUACAAUGCUGUAUGGCUGGACAAUUCGUGGAAAAUUUUUAAAAUCGAAAGAUACUCUUUCCUUAAGUAUAAAUUCGAAGGACAGGUGAUUUGCUAUCAAAUGGGCGCAAGAAAGAAUAUUUUUGUGCAUGUUUACUGUAAACUGUGCCUGAAUUCAUAAGGGCAUCGAAAAUCAACGGGAAGAAUCCACACAACUUAAGUAGUCGUUUAUGGCGGCUAUAGUCUCUGCAGGUGGCCGGAAAGAUCAUUCAAAAGACGGUUCCCUGUCGCGGCUAAAAUAUCUCGGGAUUCUUCUGCGUGAUAGAUAGUAUUACGGCCAUACUUAAGUCAUCAUUUUAAAUUGAAAACACAUUUCAAAAUUUCGUUAACGUCCUACAAGAUAGCACAUGAAGUAGGAAUGAUCGCGUACUGGUCAUUUGGCUUCCAGAAGCAAACGAGUUCCGUGCAAUCCAGAUCGCCAAUACUGGUCCUCACAGUUCAGGGCGCAGUGGGACGGAUAAACGACCUCGCAGAUUUGUAAGUCAACCUCAGGUUGUACAAUUCACUCAGUAUUGUGCCGGCCGCAUGGGUUCAUUCUCUUGGCUUUUCUGGGCAAUUUGCCUGCCGAGGUUGGAUGGAUAUGCGCCCCUUUGCAGUGCAUAGUCUAAAUGUCCAGUUGGUGCUUUAGUAGCCACUGAUUCCUGGCACGGUAUUUCUCAACCGAAACCUUGCCCGAACAUUUACGACUAGGGACUUUUGACGCACCGUCUCGCUUUUUCGGCUCCUUUCGAUGUCUGUGCAGAAAUUAUAGUCAAAUUACACAUUAACCGCUGUGGAGUGAGACGUUCUGUCUGCGCCUGUCGCAGCAGCAACCUGCAACGCCAGUAAACGCCAAGUGCCAUGCGGGAUUGCUGUCUUUACAGAGUGCAGCCCCGAGAGGCUCGCUCAUGAACGGCUUCUUCUGUGCUCACCAUCCGUGUUCUGACAAUAAUUCAACCACCAACCAUAACUCCGUCAGGCAAUGAACUGACUGGGAGGAUACUGCUUGAUGCAUGAGAGUUUAGGCUAAGGAUGAAGUUUUUGUGUGGAAUUUUGAGUCCGAGCCCGUCGGUGUGAUGACUACUACGGGUUUUCAUCUGUCUGUCCGGUUUGAAAUCUGAAACUGCGACGAACGCCUACUGCGUAUGGAAGAUUUGUCUUGCAGAUCAACUUAAAUCACCCUAUAUUAGGAACACCUUGCAAAUCAAAAGGAAGAAAGUAUAAAAUGUGAUAGUCGGCAGCUGUUUCGAAUGACGUAAAUGGGUACGUGGUAAUGGAUGUAGUGCAGCUGCAGGAAAGGCGACUAUGCGGGAGAGGCUGGCAAGUUGUCAUGGACGCGGGUGACCGAACCCCUAGCAUCGGUGAGGAAAAAAAGACACCAACUCGCAGGUUGCGAGUCAUGUAAUGACGUUUAGCCACACCUUUAAAGUGGAGGAAACCAAAAAUCACGCCACAGGUGACAACGAGUUGAGUCAAGAGCAGCUUAAGUCAUAUUUAUCAUAUUUAUUGAAAGCUACGUAUGCUCACCACCUCGUCUUCCGAUUACUGCUAUGGGAAUUUUCGCAAAUCUAAGUCAUAUUUCUUUGGCCUGCAGGCAACCGACAAGUGCAGGCGAAAAUCGCUCCCAGUGGCAGUAUCAGUGAGAAAAAGUUCUGAGCAGUUAUCACGCCAAUCACUUAACCGGGUGAGGAAAAUGAGAAAGUAGAGACUUGGACUCUGGCGAUCAGGUCGUCAUCGCACCCAGAACGAACAUUGGCGACGAAUACGGUAACUGUCUGGUGCUGUGCCUCAACAGUAUCCCAUAAACUCUGGACUCCUUAGUAACCCGGUGCCAUUAUAUGUCAAUGCCUCUGCUGACGGAUUGGGGCAUGAAUCCAAAACGUCAAGUAAAUAGCAGUCUCGUUCCAGAGAUCGAGCCUAAUUCUACUUACUAGGUGUUGAAUCCAGCUGGUCAACGCUUGGAAUUCUCCACGCCCUCCUCGCAAGUGCUUCCACAUUUGGCCCCUGUUGACAUUUCUCUUCCCCCCCCCCCCUUUUGUAACCCCCUUUCGAGCGUGAUCGGCGUUCUUUUAAUCGACUAGUUUUUGUACCCUGACCUUGAGCUGCGAAUUCGAUUUGCUCGAACAGUAACAAAGGAAUUCUUUUUCUAGGGUAUCCGUUGUUGAGGUUUGUACGUUUUAUAUUUUUACCUUACUUUAUCACUAGUACCGUGUAUACACCGAAAUUUGUUUUGGCCUAUACGAGUAACUCAAUUUACAAAGAAUUCUACACUAAGUGUCCUUCGGUAACCGAGCACGUCUCCUCUCCUCCGUCCUCAUGGGCUUUUGAUAUUGCCGGUCUCCUUUGACAUGACCGACUGCAAAGGCACCUACACAGAUGCGAACCAUAUUGAUGAAAUUUUCAGGCGAUCGACCAAGGCCCCACUUGGAUUGACAACCUUAUUCUUUUACCAUCCGUAUGCUUCCUUAGUUACUGAUUAGGAAAGUUCCUGCCCACCGAAAUGCCUUUCUUCUGAUAAAUGAGUCCAUUCCCUAAGGUUUAGGAAUGCUCCCAGGCAAACAACCGGAUAUUCUGCUGCAAAAGAAAGUAAGUCUGAUUGCCUUUGUGCAUAUGUCUUCAUCACGCUUGAGCAUAUCGGGAACGUAACUCUACGUUUCCGAAGCUACCACUAAUAUCCGCAGUUUUAUUUUGCCUUUUGCAGUAUGAUUUGGUGUUGAAAGCCUGCGUUGAGGACGCCGGCGAAUCCGCAUGUGGAGCCGGAAAUCCCUGCAUGAACGGCGGGGAGUGCACUAAACCCGAUCCCUCAAAAGCCAAGAAGUCUUCCUCGAGUAAGAGAGUUGCGAAUCCCCUUUUUGAGUGCAAGUGUCUGCCCGCCUUCGCAGGAACCCUCUGUGAGAACGAUGUUAACCCCUGCAUCAAAGACGACGGCAUAAAGUUCUGCGCUCCCUUCAGAUGUGCUCGUGCUCCAGAGAAUAUCCACAAGGGUUUUCGGUAAGAUCGGAUAAAUCUAGAUCGGUGUGUGUGUGUGUGUGUGUAUCGUGCCCGCCAAACGGGCCAUGUGUUAGAUGCGUUGGACCAACACGGGGGCCACAUCGGAUUCUGGCAGGCGUUAUCUGUGCGCAAUACCAAAUGCCAACAUCUGAGGGGUGCGUUGGCAGACCCCGUUGGCGGCAGUCGCCGCAUAACUGGGACCACUGCCAUCAUCCCAUUGUUGUGGCGUUCAAAAUCCUGGUCAUUUGUUGUGUGGACCAGGGGGUGUGGAGUGGAGCGCCAAGGUGAGGAGCCGUCCGAGCCAUCCAUCUGCGGCCUCCCUCGUCUCCGGUCUUCUUGACUCUGUCUUGAUACUGGACUCAGGCGGGGGAGGAGGAGAGAGUGUAGGUAGAUGCAGCGUAGACAUAUCGAAUUCUGACAUGCGUUAUCGGAUUUACGUGCUAUAACAAAGGCCAACAUUUUGGGGUGCGGUGACUGACCCGAUUGCCGGCAGACAUCGCGCACAGUGGGACAUCUGAUGCGCCUCCAUUGUUGUUCUUGGUCAAAAACCUGGCCAUUUCCUGUGUGGACCAGGGAGUGUGGAGUGGAACGCCAAGGUUAGGGCUCGACCGUGCCAUCCACCUGCGCCCUUCAACGCCUCCAGCCUUCUUGACUCUGUCUUAACACGGGGUCCAGGUGGGGAAGAAGGAGAUAGUGCGGUAGAUGCUGUGCAAGUCUACUAUCACUCUAAACUAAUUCUCGCACAGUAAACUGUCCUUAUACUCACCCUGCUGUGGAGCACACGGUGGACAUCGUCGGAAAAGACGGUCUAACUGUCGUGUGUGUGUGUGUAUGUGUGUGUGUAUGUUGUGUGUUUGCACGAUCAUCUCGAAAUGCCUCCCUUGGCUUCCGGUCAUUGCGCAUGCGUUAAACUGGCACCAGGGCACAAAAGCAAGACUGUUAGAUUGAAAUAGCUGGAUUUUGUUGCACUAACUGAAGCACGUAUUGCGUGUUCCAGUCAGUCACUCGUGGUGCUGUUCAUUUUUUUUCGCGUGUAAGCACACAUAGUGACCGCUGCGUUGUCGCGAAUUACGCGAUGCGCUGGACAACCUUAUGCGAGAGGCAUAUGAUAACUAUCAGUCAUACCACACAAAAAGCAAUUGCAAGGGAACACACUCUCUAGGGGGUGAUGAUCAAAAAGGUAAAGCAAGGGAGCCGCACGAGUUCAGUGUUAUGGUGAUCCCCCAGGAGCUGUGGCUCCUACGCCAAUCCUAAAAUUAAAAUGAAGGGAGACAGAACCCAGCUGGAAGACUAUAUUUAGGCAGGAGUGGACACACAGGAGCCCAGGAUCGUGAAAGCAACCGCCAGUCACGUCGUCCCGUAAUGGUCGAGUGGCUGGGGUUGCGCAAGGAGUCUUCUCAGGGUCGCGGUAUUCGGUCAUUUCAUGGGCGCUGUAGAAGCACGCCAGCCCAGAUGUGCUUACGGCACCUGCUGUGGGAGUUUGAAGGCACAAGCAGGAGCGGUUACAACUUCAGCCUUCACCAGAGCUUCAUCGACUAUUUACAGUGAUAUUGUCAAUCCCAUCCGAAGUUGUCGCUUCCAGCCGACUGGAAGGGCGCCUAGAAAACUCUUCAAGGUAAAAAGUAGGGGUAUUUGUGAGAUCUCGCGAUCCUGACGAAGUUUGGACGACUUUGGAACUCCAGGAUCGGCGCACCCGAGGAAGUAAUUGAAUGUCAGUUUUGUACCUUGAAGUUAAUGACGGACUGCUGACCUCCGUGGUCAGAAAAGUUACCGAGCCCAAACAAACAUCAGAGGCCAAUGUCUGUGAAUUCCUUCGGUGGGUCGAAACACUUGAAGACAUGCGAGUUGACAAAAAAGCGGAUCAAAUACAGUUCAUUGGCCUCUUUCGGAUGGAAGGAAAACCAUGUAAGAUCGCAGUUGGUAGCCAGACAUAAUACGUUGAUACUGUCGAAGUGGGUACUUGUUAUCAGUAGGUGUGCUUACCUUGUCUAGGGAACUUGUUACCAGUAGGUGUGCUUCUACUGCAUUAGGUAGGUCGCCCGUUUCGGUCAGGCUGUUGGGUUUAGUGAGGGUAAGGGUUAAGCUUAGGUUAAGUUUUAUGAUCAAGGUGUGCGUUUUAGGGUCAGGUUUCAGUGUUAGGGUUAGGGUUUAGGUUCCCGCUAGGGUUAAGGUUAAGGUUAGGGUUCGGGUUAAGGCUAGGAUUGGGGUUAGGCCUAAGGUUAGGGUUCGGGUUAAUUUUUGGGUUAGAGUUAAGGUUAGGGUUAGGGUUGAGGUUAUGUCUAGGGUUAAGAUUAGGGUUAGGGUUAUGGCUAGGUUUUGGGUUAGCGUUGCGUUUUAGGAUUUUGGUUACGUUUCGGUUUCGAGGCUCAGCGUUAGGCUUUUUCGGUUGCUGUCAGGGUUGGAUUUUAGGGUUAAGAUGGGGCUUUAAAUUUCUGCCAUUAUUCAGUCUACUUAAAACUUCCCAACACUUUCCCUGGUAGCUUUACUUUUACCCAGAAUCUCCAGCAUUCCUCUACCAACCCCUUUCAUUUCCCCCAUCCAUAUAACUCCCUUUCCCACCAUUCCCGUACGACAGGGACCUGGCUGUCCGCCUCCCCAUUCCUGGCUACCAACUGCGAUCUAACCGUUUUAUUAUUAGUGAGGAUGCACUGAUUGGCCGUGGGGGUAGGUUCCCGCGGGGUCGGCCUCACCCUCUCUCCCCCUCUCCUAUACACACUUCAGCUAUCCGAGCCUGUCAGCAAGCUAACGAUUGAGUGGGUACAGUCGACCACAAGGCUAUGCAACUUGUCCACGCAUGGUACACACGACCUGAUCCCUAUUACGCACACCAGACUUCCAUAAGAACGUAUCAGAUCUCACAUCAUUAAAGUGUCAUAAAAGAACCGCUGAGAGGCAGUUAUUGAAGCCUGGCUCUCAGUCGGACCCGGUUACCUCCUCAGUUGGCAACAUUUCUAACCAGGGCACACGAUAUUUAGACCCUCAUUGCUGAGAACGUUCACCGUAUGCUCCACAGCAGGGUGACAGCAGGCAUGGUGACUUGCACGUGGAUAAGUUUAGAGUGAUAGUAGGCUUGCGCACUGCAUCUACCCUACUCUCCUCCCUCAUCCGUCUGGGCCCGGUGUCAAGAAGACCGGAGGCGGGAUCAAACGCAGGCUUUCCCAGGACAAGAAUGGGAGGCGACUUGAAUCCAAACUGGCUGGGAGUGCCAUAACAGGUGUCAUUUCGGCCCAACACUCAAUUCUAUGUUGAUCGAUGCUAUCCUGUUUGUUAGCGACCGUCCAAUAUUCCCUCAAGAAGGGCAAUUUAGAUUAUACAACGCACUGCGGACUUUCGAUACUGGCGAAUUCUUAUCACACAGUCGUUUUAUCGAUUUUUUUCUGCCGAAUUCUCAACAUGCCCGAGCAUAUCUCGGGCCAAACAAGUUUGACCGAGAUGUUGUCCCCCCACCCAUCCACUCCCUUGAUAAAAAUUAUCCCAUUCACUGUGACUUUCACACUUCAAAGGCUUUGUGACACCCUCGUAGAUUUCGAAUCACUCUUCAAAUAGACUGACGUUUAUUUUCACUCACUCGAAUGGUUGUCCGGCGCAUACCUAUCAUUACGAUUGCUCUGGUGACUAGGGUGUGCCGAACAGACAUGAAUUCGGAGUUGGUUACUCGAAUAUGGGGCGUGAGUGGACAAGAAGCUUAUCAACAGUCGUUCGAGCUUCCACAGUCUUUACAUAAAAUACACGCUCGGUGGCUUUUAAAGGUGUGAUUUGUCUGGCAGGUGUUCACUACUGUUUGAUCAUUCGCGUAGGCUUAUGCGUGCUUUUCGUCCGGUUUUCUCAAUAUAGGUGCAGCCACCAUUGCUGCUGGAGAAAUAACACGUAAACGUCUAGUUAUUCUCGGGCAUUAGGAAGUCACUUAAUCUGUUCCUUCGGCUCCAUCGUUGAGGUGAUGUGUGCCAGCAGGGUGUUCCCAAGACAAGGAACGGGAUAAGUGAACAACCCUUAUCGAAGUCGCUUACACAGUUGGCCGCGUGCAAACUCAAGCAAGCAGUGUCUAAAGCACUUGGCGUGACCAACCAUAUAUAAUGAGCCGAAAGUCAGUCAAUGAAGUAAGUUGUCGAUCAAUGUCAAUCCUGCACAACGAGCAGGGGUGUGCGGCUACGGAUAUUUUAUUGACUGUAGGUUAGUCAUCCACCUCGUAAUCCGUUCAGCGAGAAGAGCAACGAUGGCAUACGUGGUCCCACCUGAAUAAUGGACGACAGGGACUCUUGUAGUAUGAAAAGGCUAUUUAUAGAAGUUUUGUGGGUGGACCAAAUGGAAGGGAUAAUUAACGGUCCCUGUGGAAAACAUUGAAAAAAUCUCGCAUUUCUGGCAUAUGUUUGUUUUAUUACCCCUAAGAUGUACCGGAACACACCGAGCAAUUCGGAAAAUGCUAAUUAAGAGCGUGUAAACAGACAUGACUAUUGGUUAACGAUGGCCGGAUUUCAAAUGACCGUAUGCAGAGGGCAAGCUUACCCCUAACUUCGACCCCAACCCUCUCCCUAACCCUAAUCUUUAAACUAACCAAUAAAACUGACGUUCCUUAGGCCACCAUGACGUCCCAAGGAGCGAGGCCUGGAAGGCUUCCAACUGAUCAGAUAACUUGGUGCUUGUCAAAACUGAGAGUCUGACUGGAAUGGUUCCUUCCUAAUAUGGCAUCUAGGACACUCUCACGCCAGUGCGAUUCGGGCCUCAUGCAGUGGGGACCAGGACGCACGUGGUACGCGUAGACAGACUGUUUGUAUGUGCCAGCCGCUACGUCCCAGUCCAUCUUCAACCGCCCUCACAUUGUCUUGCCAUCAGAGCCUAGUGGGUGAGAAGGGAGGAGAGUGCAGUGGAUGCUGCCCAAACCUGCUCAACUGUAAACUAACUCGAACUCAAGUCGCCGUAGAGCUCCCACUGAAAUUCGUCGCCUAUAACGGCCUAACUGCCAUUCCUUGGACUAAUUCUUGAGCCACGAAAUCGGUCCAACCCAAUUCUAUCUCCUAGGGACAGAUAGGGACCACAGUUUUAGUUUUCGUCCCACAGCCCUGAGGCAAAAAAAACCACAAAGCACACAGUCACAGUCCAAGCACAUCAAAAAUUAAAAUAGCGUGAAGUGUGGUGUUCACAAGUCAACGAAGACCCUUGAAACGGUUCUUUUCCCUCACUCAUAACCCUCUUUUCCAGCUGUCUGUGUCCUCCCAGGACUCACAGGCCCAGAAACCCCACUGACCCCUCCUGCGUACCGUUACCGGCUUGCGGAAAGGAUGGCCUCUCGAGUGGACCCUGUGAGCACGGUGGUCGAUGUAUUCAGGACACCAGCAACCCCCUGGAGUACCGCUGUCAGUGCCCCAGCGGUUAUUCGGGCAAAAGAUGCGAGAAUCCACCACCGGAGCCCUUCUGGUCUACGUGGUCGGGUUGGAGCAAUUGCAAGUGGCCGAAGCCCGCGGAGGCCUGUCUGGUGCGAGCAUAUCGAGAGAGCACCAGGACCUGCACGGCGGAGGGGCUGGGACAGGUGUGCCAGGGAGCAAGUCGCAGGAUUCGUUACACCGGCUGUGACAUUGAUCUGGUAGGCUGCCUGGUCCUGCUUGUAUGAUGACCUCUUUAUAGAGCAGUCUUUAGAAUGAACGCCCGACCCUGAAUCCCCGGCUUCCUCAGUAGUUCUUUGGGGUACGGCUGACGGCCGAAUGAUACUAGGUCAGAAGUGGCAAUCGCGGUCUCCCUUUUGUCGAUUUAAAGUACUCGCAAGCUAACUGUUUAUCGAUCGAUAGAUUACUAGGAAGAUUGUAAAGCACUAAAUAUAUCAGAAGUUCUUGGCCCCACAUGACCUCAGUCUAUCCAAACAGCGAACAGUAUACUCUAGGUGGAACAUUUUUAAAGAACUUAGACUAUGUUUGCUGUCUUGUGAACACGAGAAAUCUUCAAAUUAAGAAACCCCGCCCACAAAACAAAGUCCAACCAGAUGUUGCGAUCUCACUUGACACGUUGUGGGCAUGUAGCUUGAUGCAAAACAGUUCGACCGUCGUUACCGACGAUGUCCUCUGUGUGCUCUAAAGCACGGGGUGAGGAAGCACGGUGAUUUGUGCUUGAAUUAGUUUAUAGUGGCGGUGGGCUUGCACAGCAUCUACCGCACUCUCUCCUGCCCCGCCUGGGCUUAGUGUCAAGACAGAGAAAAGACCGAAGGCGGGAGAGGUUGCAGGUGGCUGGCACGGCCAUACUUGCAUCUAUGCGUACCACCACACUCCAGAUUAAUGCAUAAAGCAUUAGUGACCAAUUGAAUUUCAGAUGGUAAUCACAUCGAAUUCAAUACACUGACCUACAGUUAGUGACCUAACUCAUGCAAUGGGUCGAAGUUUACGAAUUAUUGCCAAUCACUCGCAAACCGACACCUCUUCAUGAGUUCAAUGUCUAUGUUAAUUAAGUACUAGUUUAAAAGAAUUCAAAACAUAACAGAGAUAUAAAAGGCAGUUUUGCGUUGUUUGGAAAUGCCGACUUAUUUUGAAUAGCGUAAUAUCCCGAAAACGUCAGAAAUGGCUCUAAUUUAAAAAAUGUUUUAAAAUGUAUAGAAUGUAUUCGCAUACCAAAAACUAAUAAAUAUGAAAGUAGACAUAAAAUGACGCCCAGUUAUAGUGUUUUAGUGACGUUUACAUUUAAAUAUCGUUCAAUAAGUAGUGUGAUUUCAUAUAUGACGGUUUGUCAUCUGCCUGCAUUCUGAGUGUAGAUUCCAAAACAGUUUUCGAGUGAUUCAUGUUAUUUUUGAAUCGUUUGAAGUAAAUGAGAUGGGGUUCAACAAGAGAAGCUGGAAUUUGCUUGAUUGCACCAAUGGGGACGUCGUAGGAACAAAUGUUUUCAUAAGGUGACAUGCCAUGAGGCCGGUCGGUGCCUAAUAAAUUUAAAUAGAACUGACAGGCGUGAUCGUAAACAUACCAUUUUGUGUUUAUAGAGAGAACUUUUCUUCCGUUAAAUUAAUUUAUACUUUUCCUUCGUUUUCGUUUACGCUGAGUUUCAGAUCGGCCUCGAAAUAUUGCUGAAUACUUCAUGAUUUUCAGUGUGUUCACGCGAUCGUCCAUAAAGACGAAUUCUGAAUUAUUUGUCUAUUGAGAACUUUAGAAUAAGAUUAUUCUUGAAGGCAUUUACCGAAUUAGUGUGUUCGGACACUCCUUUUCACGAAGACGGUCAUUUGGGUCACCUGUGAAGACUCAUUCAAAUAUCAAACUUCAUUUUCGACAAGAAUGACUGUCCACAACGAAAGUCAGCAACGAAUAUGCCUUCGAACAAUAAGAAAACUUUCCUUGAUAAGUUACCUCUUGAAGAAGUGCUUUAUUACUGCACUCCGUUGACAGAUCUCUGUGUACUUUGCAUUUUUGCACGGUGAGGCCAAGUAAAAAUUUGACACUUUUGGCCGUUUCUUUCACGUUCCUAAGAAAUACUAAUAUUUUUCUGCCGUAUUCGUAAGAACAUGCCUUUCUCUGCACAAUGAGGCGUCCGAAAAUUCUCUCAUCAGUUUCCGUUAUCAGAUUUCAUGAGAUAGGUCAUGUACUGUACGUGGCGGCGCAAAAGGCAGUAAAUCAGUAUAUUGCACUGUAAAUUCCGACUGCUGGAGGGUUUUGCUACGGCUCCUUUAGAGCACUGACGAAGUACGGAAUUCACUUACCAGUGAAGAGAGGGAGAAGCUGCAACAGGCCUUUGCAAUGUGCCCCCUAAGCUUCUCAGGCAGCGGUUCAGAGUACCAUUAUCACUACCUUUUGCUUUCCGACCCCCGAUCUGACCAAAUGAUGCUCGACGACUGGUCAGACGCUGGGCCCGAGGAGGCCACUGUCCUGCUCUUUCCUGAAAGUUUCCGCUCUCUGGACAGGGAGUCGAUGCGAGAAAUUAAUUGGCCCCAAGAAAUGGACCUCCUCUACCUCGGUGCAUGGUUCUAUGGCGCCAUCCUCCUCAUUGGACUGGUCAUUGCCUGGAUCAGUAAACUACGCACCUGGAUCCUACAAGCCAAGGGUGUGUACGAAGACUGA